AUGGUGAUAAUGCUUGUCCAGGAGUACGAUGACAAAAUGCUUGCGCUCCUUAACGACUCUGCAUACAAGGUUCUACAAAACGAUCCCACCGCUAGUCUUCAGAAGAAAACCAACAACAUGGCAAAACGGCUGGCCGAUCUCAAGCUGAUUGACCGAUCCACGCUCGGCAGAUUGCAAACCCAAUCAGCAACCUGCCCCCGCAUAUAUGGACAACCGAAGGCGCAUAAACCGAACCUGCCGUUGCGUCCCGUUGUACCUAACAUCACAGCCCCCACGUACCAGUUGUCGAAAUUCAUCGCUCACAUUCUACAAACCACCUUCACCAGCCAGUACAACGUCAAGGACAGCUUUACAUUCGCCCAGGAAAUCAACGCAAUCACCAUACCGUCGGAGCAUGUCCUCGUCUCUUUUGACGUGGUCUCCCUAUUCACCAACAUUCCGAAGAACCUCAUCAUUCGCAGUAUCAUUUUUCGAUGGACAGAUAUCAAAAAGGGAACAGAGAUCAAUUUGGAUCUGUUUUUAGAAAUGAUUGAAUUAUGUCUGGACAACAGUUACUUCAAGUUCAGAGACAAAUACUACCAGCAGACGUUUGGAACUGCCAUGGGUAGUCCCCUGUCGCCGAUACUUGCAGACUACGUUAUGGAGGAUUUGCUCGGGACGGUCAUCAAUAGAAUAGGAUUCACCCCUCCGGUGAUAAAGAAGUACGUAGACGACCUGUUCCUCGUCCUACAUGAAUCCCAGGUCGAGCACAUCCUGGGCAUCUUCAACCAAUACGACCCACACCUACAGUUUACCAUGGAAUUGGAGAAGGAAGGCGCACUCCCUUUCCUCGACACGCUAGUCAUCCACAACACCGACGAUCACACGCUCCAAACCAGGUGGUAUUCGAAGGCAAUAUCGUCUGGUCGCCUGCUGAACUACCAUUCAUACCAUCCAACAAACAUGAAGCUGAACGUAGCCACCAACUUCAUCAAACGUGUAACACAACUGACUACCAGCAUGCCCAUUGAACAGCAGAAACACAUCAUCUUCCAGAAUCUACGGCAAAACAACUACCCAUCUUCCCUCAUCAACCGAUUGAUGAAUCGCACACGAAUUGCAGUAACACCAAGCACAGCUCACAGCUCAUUUCACGCCGAAGCAGAACCACAACAAUCCCCUCAGCCACCUGCCAACCACCACCCAACGCUCGAACCGCAACCACCGCCACCGCCUCGAAUUCCACCGCCACCAACCAACAUAAACACAUCAGAAGUUCCUCCAACCGAAGUCCAAGCAACCGCUGCAACAUACAAAUCGCUUCCAAACAUCCCAACACUAACACCGUCGAUCAUCGGAAUCCUGAAAAAAGAUUACUCUUCAUUUUCGUAA